AUGCAGAGGACUGGACACAUGCCAAGAAUGUGCUCUGCCACUGAGCUAUGGCAUCCCCCGUACCUCCCGCAAACCUGCUGUACGAAGUACAGGUGCAAUUUGCCUGUCUCCGGAAUUGACACCUGGGCUCUUGAACACGCCGGGCGAGUUCACUUUUAUGAUGCUGGCAGUGACGCUGCCAAAACAAUCACACAAUUGGGAAUCGUCCGGCAAGAGGUGAGGAGCAGGCAACAAUUCCACCCCCCACCCCCACCGCCCUUUCCCUCUUUUCAUUCUGGUAGUGAUUGUCUGACUUGGAGGAUUUACAUAAUGACACAUUUAUAACUCUUCUCCGUAAUAAUACGGAAAUGGUUCCAGCACGGUUGCGCAAGAGCCGAAAGGAUUCUUCCUGCCUUACUGCGUCAGACCCCAUUUCCCCCACUGACCUCCUACACACUCCAGGCAACUGUGUGUUUGACUAUGCAACAGUCAUUAAUACCAACACUGCCUCCAAAGUUAACCCAUUGUGAGGCCAGCUCUCAGGAAGACACACUUUUAGAUGGUGGAACUGGAAGGCUUCUAAUUGCCCCAAAGAGAGAGCUAUGUGUAGUAAAGUGGAUUUAGAAGGGGAAAUGGGGAGUCCCCGGUUUGAACCUUAUCUCUGAUGAUGGUAAUAAUAAUAAUAAUAAUAAUAAUAAUAAUAAUAAUAAUUUAUUUAUACCCUGCCCAUCUGGCUGAGUUUCCCCAGCCACUCUGGGCGGCUCGCAAUUGAGUGUUAAAAACAAUACAGCAUUAAAUAUUAAAAACUGCCCUAAACGUGUAAUAUAUUGACCAGCUUCAGGUUUGAGGGGGGCCCUAGUGGGUCCCUUCCUCUCUUUCUCGGUCCCAGGAAAAACUUAUUUGGGUGGGGUGGCUGUCGUCUUAGACAGGAUGUUAGGUGAGGAGCAUUGUGGGAAACUGGACCGGCUACCUGGGGCUGCUCAGAGCACGGGGCCAGAAUUUUAAGCAUUCCAGGGAGAGGCAUCAGCAGUGGGUCUUGCCUGGGCCCUGGCAAUGGUCCAAGGAUGCCAGGUGACAGCACCAAUCCUGUAUGGCUGUCACAAAUCUGCAAGGAGGCCUUGGGCAAGCCGCCAUCUGAUCAGCCUCAGACACCCUCUCUGUAAUGUGAGAAGAACAAAGCUGACCUACUUUGUGGGGCUCUUGCACCGCAAGGAGGGAGGCGAAGGGCUUUGAACAUUUGAAAUGAGCUGCGGAAGUCUGAUUAUGAUUCCCAGGACUAGUUCUGUCAUUAGGAUGGGUGGGGUGUUUGUGCGCAUAUGGGGAGGACGUCUGCCAGAGCCUGGUCAGUGAAGGCUGGGCUGGGCUGUCCAUUAUCAGGACUCCAGGGCAAGUUCUGCCCUUCCCUAUAAAGGCAUAUGGUGCCAUGAUUGCUAAGCAGUUUGAGGAUAAAAUAGUCCGUAUCUAUCUUGACUCCAGAUGCUGUUGUUUCUACAGAUCAGACCAAUGGUUGCAACCAGAGCACCAUCUAGUUUUAUGUUUAUUGCCACAGAUUCCCCAUCCCUGGAUGCUGUGGAAGGCCAGUGGUCUGAGAAGGUGGAUGAAGUGCUUGGAGGAGGUGUGGCCAACCACACGUCUGCUUGACCUUUGGCUCACCUUGGCUUUUGUUUUUAGCAAGGUGCCUGGGUCCAGGUAAGUGCCUCACUGUGAAAGGGGCUGGUCCCGAUUGCCUUGAAAGACGUGGCUGUGUGAGACCACUCCCUGGGUGGACCUCAGGGAUUCUAACAGCUACCAGACAGUUUAUAUAUAUAUAUAUAUAUAUAUAUAUAUAUAUAUAUAUAUAUAUAAAAUCAUCUUGGGCAAGGCAAUUGGGUGAGGUGGUUGUCCUUCAACUCCAGGCCUGUUUUGGCACAGUGCCUUGGCCAGACCCCUCUCUCUCUCUCUCUCUCUCUCUUGUGUGUGUGUGUGUGUGUUUGUGUGUGUGUAGGUUUCACUAUCAUCAUAGCCAUGGUAUCCCUGGGGAGAGAGUCUGCCCACUUAUGGAACUUUCUCCCUAGGGAAGCUCACCAGCUGCCUAUGUUAAGCACCAAGGACUUUCCAUCACCAAGGAAAGAGACCUCUCACCCCAAAAAGGCUUUUGCCACUGUGCUUUUCCACCUUCAAGUUUUUAAAAAUAAUAAUAAUAAUUUUGCAUCUGCUUUUGGUAUUUUCUUUCUACUUUUACAUGUAUAAACUGUCCUGAUAAUUGCACAUCGGAGGGAGGUAUUAAAACAAAUCUGAUAAAUGAAUGUCGAAAAAGUGCUGAAUUUUGGUUUCCCCCAGUGAAGUGACCAAAGAUAUAGAAGGAAGUAUUGGGGUGCACUUUGGGACACACCACCGAAUUGGGUGCUAAAUCUGCCCCCUGGUGACACCAGCCAUUGUGAACCAGGCUGCAAAGCCCCAUUCUGCCUGUUUUCUGUAUCUUGGUCACACCAGAGUGUGAUGGAUUGCUGGAUACUCUAGAACUGUGCUUCCUUUUAAGCAAGCCGCAUGUACGGUAAAUUCCCACCAGGGGUUCCCUUUCUAAAAGGAGGGUGUUCUGGAGUCUGAGCCUGCCAGGAAGACAUUACAGUUGACCUGAAAGCAGCGAGAGCUGGCUGUGAUAAAUAUGCAGUGAAGGUAAAGUGCCCUGCCCAUGCUAAGAAGGAUUCACCCCUGCUAUCACUUAACAUAGGGAGGAGGGAGGCUCACUCUGCAUUCAAAAAGAAAGGCAAUGCAACUGAUGGAAUCCACAUUUUAUUCAAUGUUUUGAGAAAAUUCUGCUGUUUGUGUGUACACAAAGCUCCCCCAGUUAUCCUGUGGCAAUGGAGACUUUCCCCUUCUGCACUGGGAUGGGGGUUCCAGAAAGAGAGACCCUUUCUAACCAGCCCCUCUAACCAACCUAUAUCUGAGAAUACAGAAUGCUGGGUUGGAAACCACAGUUUAUCCUGUCACACAGUUUGCUCCAGCAGCCAAUGGAACAUUAUUGUUUUAUUUUGCAAGUGGUUUAAGCAGAAAUUAUUUUGCUCUUCCUGACUGCAAUUACAUUUACAAACAUAUGCAAGCAAUUAUUCUUUUAUCUCCCUCCCUCCUCUCCCUCCCUCUGAAUAAUUUCAUUUAAUAGUGAUAGUUUGUUGAUUGUUCAAAAUGUAUAGAUAGGGGUCUAAAAUUUAUCCAGCACUGCCCAAUGAAUCCUAGUUCCAAACAAGCAAUUUUACUUGACUUUGGGGUUUAUCCACCAGGUUGUUGUUGUUGUUGUUGUUGUUGUUUACCUGCCUGGGCUUUUUCAUGCUUCCUUCCCUGUUCUUUUGGACUAUACACCCAUGUCUCUCUUUAAUGAGGUUGUGGGCUACUCUUUAAGUAAAGAAAUGUGUCCUGGGUCCUUGGCACCUAUCAGUUUCUCUGGUCAACCCAAGGAAAGGAAAAGGCUAUAAAAUGCUGUUAUCCAAGGUAUUUAACCCUCAGCCAAUUGAAUGGCAUUUCCUUUUGAACACUCCCACCUGGCCGGCAGGUGCAUAAAAAGAAAAGGGAUGGUCCCAGUUGCACAACAGCCACAGCCAGCUGCAGAGCUAAGACUUUCUUUCUUUUUCUCUGGUAUUUUCCUAGUCCAUCUUUUUUUGGGGAUCCGCCAAUCAUGCUUUUCUGGCACAGCCAACCUGAUCAUUACUGGCCAAGCCCGGGGGAAGUGUAUCCUUGCUCUGGAAGCAACAUUAUAAGGUGAGAGGCCUUCUUUUGUCUGUCUUGCCCUGCCCUGCAUUUCCCUUCCCACCCAACGCCAUCCGCAGAGGUCGGGGAGGUGGAAAGUUCAUGCAGAAGCCUGAAAUUUAUUCAGGAAGGGAUGCGUAGAAUUGUGGCAGGAGUUAUUGGUGCCGCUUAGAACCAUUCAAACAGCCUCACCAUAGAACAACAGCUCAUCUAGCCCGCUUCCAACAGCAGGUCUUGUGAAAUCUCACAAGCCAAGAGGGAUCUGCUAUUCGGAGGUAGACUGCCUCUGCACAGGGAGGCUCCACUUCAACUAUUCCGGCUGAUAUCCCCUCCACAGACUCACCUCCCACGGAUUUGUUUGUGACCUAUUUUAAAGCCACCUACACUAGUGGCAUUGCUAUGUCUUGCAGUAGUUAAGUUUCCUAAACAAAUUCCAGGAAAUUAAGCUUCACAGCACAGAAGCCAAGAUUCAUCCAUGUGAGGGAGACUUUAUGGACUUGUGAAGGAACCAAUGAUUUGGAUGGAUCUCCCGUUGCUUUCCUUCUUGGGUUCAACUAUGUUCGUUGGCUCUUUGGGGGUGCUUUGUAUCCCCACCUGCAAGACUGCUCCAGCAUGCCUCGCCAGUCUCCUCCCAAACUGCUGUCCAGAGUUUUUCACCUCCUGGUUCUCUCUCCUCUGCCCCUUCUUCCUUACUCUCUCCACUCUGCUGCUCUUGCCCACCUCUGCAUCUUUCCUCAGCCUUCUAUCUCUGCCUUCUGCCAUGCUUGCAACUCUCAGAGGGGGUCUCCUCCUCUACUCUGCCUCCCUCUCCCUAACCAAAAGCUUCCUUUGAACCUGCCCUGAAGCUCACCUUUCCUAACACCUCCUCCUGGAUCUCUCCUUCAUCCAGACUGCAACUCUGCAGAGGUGGAUUUAUUUUUAAAGUCCAGAAAACCACCCCAGAGGCCUCUUCAAGCCCUGAGUGUGACAAGCGAGCCUGUUGAAGUCUAGAUUUUGCAGCCGCCCACAAGUUCUGUUAAACGGUUCCAUUUAAGAGUCCAAGGCCAGAGAGAUGCAAGAGGCAGGCAGGCAGAAAGAAAGACUUCUGUGACGUACGUCAGGUGGGAGGAAGACAGGGACUGACCCCAAGCCACCCAGAGAGCAACCUAGCUAAAUGCGGAGGGUAUUGUCGAAAGCCUUUUUUGCAGACUCAUGACAUGUGAAAACAGGCUCGCACACAGAGAGACUCAGUCGGCAGUCUGGGGUAAAGAAUUGCCCCCAGGAGAGCGGGCAAGGAAGCUUUUGUCAAGCAGAAGAGAGCGGUUUCUUUUCUUCCCCCCUUUCUUUCCCUUUGGAGCUGUUAAAUGUGCCACUAACGAGUAACUCAGCUACAUUUUGGCAAGCCGGCUAAUUAUAAAUUGGGCAGUCUAGUAACCUUUGCUUGCUUUAUUUGUAAGACGGAUGUGAAUGUUGUCAGUGCCGGACAGAACGUGUGAGAGAGAUGCUUUCAGACAAAAGCUGUGUUCUACUUAGGGCACAUUGAACAUUCAGAAGUGGGACGAGGGAACAACAACACCCCCCCCACCCGAUGCUUUAUGACUCAUGAUACUCCUACAUAGAAAGGGCAAGGAUGUAGAAAUUAGCAGGUAAUCUGCGCGUAAACAAGUAGCCAUACUGCACCAUCUAUGCACAGGGAAGCCACUGUUGGAUUCGGCAUCCUGACAUUUGCACACUGCAUGCAUGUAUGUAUGUAUGGAGUUUUCAACUGCAUUUGAAUACAGUCAUACCUCAUGUUACACUUGCUUCAUGUUAUGUUCUUUCAGGUUGCGUCCCGUGGCGACCCGGAAGUACCGGAAAGGGUUACUUCCGGGUUUCGCCACUCGCACAUGUGCAGAAGCGCUAAAUCAAACUUUGCGCAUGCGCACAAGCACCAAAUCGCGCCGCACACCUGCGCAGAUACGGCACUUCAGGUUGUGGGCUUUUCAUGUUGUGAACAGGCCUUUGGAACGGAUCCCGUUCGCAACCAGAGGUACCACUGUAUAUAUGUUGCAUUUAUGCCCCACCUUUUCCUCCAGAAACCACAAGGAGGUACUGUAUACAUUUAAUCCUCACAACAAACCUGUGGAGUAGGUUAAGUUGAGAGGCAGUGACUGACCCAAGGUGCGGACUUCAUGGCCGAGUGGGGAUUUGAACCCUGGGUCUCCCGGGUCUUAGUCCAACACUCUAACCACUACACCAAACUAGCUUUCUGCCUGCAGGCUACUUCCUUCAUAUAUGUGAUGUCUAUGCAGGAGUUUCUCCCCUCAGCUGAGUGUAAAGUCAUCAUUUGUAAGAGCCCCUCUCCCUUGCUACCUGCAGGGAACCCCUGACUUUGCCAUUCCUGAAACAGGAAGAACCAAACAGCAUCUCCACGUCGGCCGAACAGCACUGCCCUUCUUUCCAGUAUGUUCUGUGUGCCGUUACCUCUCCAGCUGUCAAGCAGCAUGAGGAGACCCUUACCUAUCUCAACCAAGGUAAGGUUUAGGGCAGGUGUGUGUGUGUGUGUGUGUGUGCUGAGGAUGGAGUGAACUUUGCCUAGAUGCUGACCCCUAGCGGUGAACAUAAGGCAUGGACAGAUGUGUUGCCUCUUCAAUAUACGCAGUGAAUAGGAUGGUAAGCACCCAAGAAGCUUAAAAACAAACCAACCAACAGCUCAGGCUGGCUUUUACAGCUCAGAAUGCUGCUAACAGUUUGCUGAGGUUUCAGAAGGUUUUGCAUGGAUGCAGACCAUGCUGAUGGGUUUUGACCUCCAGAUAUUGUUGAACUCCCAACUUCCACCAGCCACAGCCGGCAUGGCCAGUGGUGAGGGAUGAAGGGAAUUGUGGAGGGUGACACACCAGGGGCGGGGGAUCCUUGGCCCUGCAGUUGCUGCUGAACUACAACUCCCAUCAGCCCCAGCAAACAUAGCCAGGGAUGAUGAGAGUUAUAGCUCAUCAACAUCCGGAGGACCAAAAGUGCCGCACACGUGAGCAAAAGGCUUCCCAUCCACGACCCAUGUAAAAUUCCUGCCAUAUCAAAGGCACUAGACUAGAACUCAAGUGAAAUUUCAAAAUUUUCAGAUUUUGCAAUUUGGAUUUCAGCGUCAAAGCUUGAUUCAGAAUCCGACAUUUGACUGAUAGGCUUAAAAUUGCAUGCUUUCGAUGGGAUGUUUUCUGGUUGAUUAAUUAUUCAGGUUAACAUAAAAUGUAUUACAUCAUAUUGCAAGCUGCCCAUCAGAUACUGUCAAAUACUAAAGCUACAAAUGUGCACAGGAACCUUUGCUAGCCGAAUAGCUCAGUCGGCAGAGCGUGAGACUCAUAAUCUCAGGAUUGUGGGUUCAAGACCCAUGUUGGGCUUAGAUAAUCAUUGGUGAAAAUUUGUGCCUGAUAUUCCAGAUUCUUGACCUAUUUUUAUACAUCAGCCUCCCAUUCCUGACAUAUUCUGCUCUUUUCUAGGGCAAUCUUAUGAGAUCCGGAUGCUGUGCAAUCCAAAGAUGGGAGAGUUUGCAGAGGGGCGCAAGUUACUGAAGGUGAGGAUGGAAAGGGAGAUUUGACCGGCAUUUUAAAAAAUCAAAAAACUGGGAUGCUCAUAAUGCAUAAUUAGCUGAUGAAAUCCAUUGACACAGUAUAUGUUGCAAAGUUUUUUUGGGGGGAAACAAAUUAAUGAGUAUAUAGCAGAUAGGUCCAGCUACUAAGUCAUAACAGCUAGAUGCACAAUCUCUUUGUUGAGGAAAGCAAAGGUCGCAGAUGCUGGGUGUCAACAGAGCAAGGAUAUUCCCACCAUGCCUUGCUUUUAGAUGCUCUCUUCUCAUUCCUGCUCUUCUGUUAUUCAUUUGCUAGCAAAAACAUUUGGAUUUCUCUUUUCUUAAAUCUGAAUGUUUUCAACAUUCCUCAUUGGGAGUGCUUUCAGACCUAUGCAUUUUAGGAGAAAACGAUGCGUAAGUUGUGUUUGAUGAAUUGCACUUCCCCAGUGGUAGAAGUGGAUCCUGGGAAAUCUCUGACACCUCCUUCUCCCUGUCAGAGUGUUGUCAGGGUGGUAUUCCAUGACCGGCGACUACAGUAUACUGAACACCAGCAGCUGGAGGGAUGGAGGUGGAACAGGCCAGGUGACCGCAUCCUGGAUAUUGGUAAGUAAUGAUUUGUUUUUUAAUUGGGCCCUGGAGAUUUUGUGCCCAUUUAAAUACUUCUGAACCUUGCUUCUUUUAAACCUUCAACAUAACCUUCAGCCUUCUGUAACUGGGAAUGCUUGAUGAUGAUUUUGGAGAAGAUCAGAUUGAGUUUUUUGUAAGCGAAACCCAGUCAACAGAACAAUGUUAAGGGUCCCCCUUAAGAAAAGCUUCGGCUUCAGUAGAAAAUAACGGUAAGUGCUAGGAUGCAGGGAACAUUUGCCCACUUCUCUGAGCAAUGAGAAAUUCCAGGGGCACAGGGCUCCCUUGGAAGGAGGUCACUGGUUCACAUUACUUCACUAGCGUGAAUUAGGGUUAUCAGUGGACUUGUAACUGAAUGGAAAAUUAAAGACGUGUAAGGUAAUAAAAAGGGACACGGGUGGCGUUGUGGGUUAAACCACAGAGCCUAGGACUUGUCGAUCAGAAGGUCGGCAGUUUGAAUCCCCGCGACGGGGUGAGCUCCCGUUGCUCGGUGCCUGUUCCUGCCAACCUAGCAGUUCGAAAGCACAUCAAAGUGCAGGUAGAUAAAUAGGUACCGCUCCGGCGGGAAGGUAAAUGGCGUUUCCGUGUGCUGCUCUGGUUCGCCAUAAGCGGCUUAGUCAUGCCGGCCACAUGACCCGGAAGCUGUGUGCCGGCUCCCUCGGCCAAUAAAGUGAGAUGAGAGCCGCAACCCCAGAGUCGGCCACGACUGGACCUAAUGGUCAGGGGUCUCUUUACCUUUACCUUUAAAGAUAAUAAAGGAGAGAAAUUGGAAAACAGGGGUGGGGUGGGGAGUCUAGAAGGGAAGAAGUAGUAAGUAAUUUGGAUGUUAAAUUGUUAAAUUAUUGAAAAUUGAUAAUAAAAUAUGAAAAAAGGGAAGGAGGAUUAUUAGAGUUUUGCAAUGUUUGCAUUUAUUUACAAAUGUAGAAUUGUGCAUAGGUGGAGGGGUUGCUUGAAGACUCCAAAGUCCACUGCUCCCACAUUAUAUUAUAAUGUAUUAUUAUAAAAGUACAUUAUAAUUAUAACAUAACAACAACAACAACCCACUCUUUCCCAUAAGGUUCCAGGGCAUUUUACAUCAAUUUUUAAAAGAACAUUAGAAGCAGUUUAAAACAACUUAGGAUCACAAGAUCUAGGGGUCAACAAACUUUUCCAGCAGGAGGCCAGUCCACUGUCCCCCUUGUGGGGGACUGGACUAUAUUUUGAAAAAAGAAGAACGAAUUCCUAUGCCCCAGAAAUAACCCAGAGAUGCAUUUUAAAUAAAAGGACACAUUCUACUCAUGUUAAAGCACGCUGAUUCCCGGACCGUCUGUGGGCCGGAUUUAGAAGGCAAUUGGGCCGGCUCCGGCUCCUGGGUCUUAGUUUGCCUACCCAUGCAGGAUCACAAGAAUAGGGUGCAUCUUGAAAAUAUAACAUCUCAAAUAUCACAAGGCCAGAGGUGUGUUUUCAGCACUCACCAAAAACUGUGUAGCGAAGGUGCCAGACACACUGCUGUGCGGAGGGAGAUCCAUAACUUUGGGGCUGCCACAGAGAAUGCCCUCUCCUGGGCCGCCCCACAAUCUUCUGAGGUGAAACAUCCAAGAGAAUCCCCUCUGCCAAUCCCAGCACCCAAGAGGGUCUGUAGCGAAAGAGGCGGCCUUUCAGGCAUUUGGGGCCUAAGUCAUUUAAACACUAAUGUCAGCAGCUUGAAUAGGUGCCCGAGUGCCUUCAUGUCCUUUGCCUGAGGCAGGAAAAUGUUUGGGGCCUGCCCUGGAGACGCAUCACUGGAAUAUCUGCUCUAUCAAGGUCUUUUGACAAGACUAAGAGGCCGGGCAGGUCUUGCCUCAGGGCAGCCCUCUUUGGCAGCAGGUCUAUUCACAGAAAUCUGGUGAGAAACCCGCCAGGGAAAUCUUUGUCCUUUUCUCAUGCGUUCUGCUCCUAACCUGGGGCUGGCCGAGAUAUUUUUAUGUCUCCAAAUGCCUCGACUCCCACCCUGACAUUUCAAGGUUUUCUGGAGCACGCUGUCCUGCUCAGCCACUGCUUCGCCAGCACCGCUUCUCCACAUUUAUCCGAUCCUGCAUUCCACUGGCAGAGACUUCUUCUUUGGGGGGGGGGGAUGUAUUUAUACAUACAAGACUAUCAGUAUUUGUGGCACUUUAAAAGAACAUCAUAAAGGAAAACAAAAAGGGGUUUUGAGUAUAAAAUAGUCAAUGGGGAAAACAAAAGGGGAAAGCGAGGAGGAGGAAAAUGCAGUUACGUGGACUUAAAAUUUGGUUACUGUUGGGAAUAAAGAGCAAAAAAUUCUUAAGGCAAAGUCUCCAUGGGAAACUUGAGCCCAGAAGAGGGAUUUGAAGGAGGGCAGUAGAGAGACAGGAGGCAACAGCCCAAUUUCUGCUUCACUAAAAUAUUAGAAGCAAAAGACAGUCUAUCUUGGGAGGUGAUGGGAGAGAUUCACUGGGGACAUCUAAGCAGAGGCUGAGUUGCACCGAGCAGGGAAGGUGUCGUUGCAUCCUGCACUGUGGAUCCUGCUCUCAGCAAGGGGGCUCAGAUGAGAGGAUCUCCAAGAUCCCUUUUAUGAUUCUAUGUGCACUCCCAGGGAGGGAGCUCCAUGCAGCCCCCUCCCCAAGGUGGACACCCAGCAAUUGUUCCGAUUGUAAGCUUGCCCUGAAAUCCUGACCCCCUCUUCUUCUGAUGGCCAACUACAGAUAUCCCCAUGUCCGUCGGCAUCCUUGAACCUCAUAUCCACCCAAACUUGCUCAAUACCGUGGAAUUCCUGUGGGACCCGACAAAGCGGACUUCUGUCUUUGUCCAGGUAAGCAAGCAAGAUGCGGAUACCUGCCGGUAGGACUCCUUGACUCCCUACAGUUGCUUUCUCCUCCUUUAGGCCUUUAUUCCCUUUCCCCUUAGGCCAGUUUUGCUUCCUCUGUAUUUUCCAAGACAUACACCAUUGGCACUUAAUGUAAAUACAGUAUGUGUAAACGAACCUGUACGCCUUCAGCAAUUGAAUAACAAGUAGAUGUUGUUAGGAUAAUAGCAGUCAGUGGAUGCGAGCAAACACGCGAGUCGCAGUCAUAAUAGCAGGGGCGGUUUUAGGGUGGCAUAACCGGUGCUGGUCACAAAGGGCACCGCACUUCAGGGGGUGCCAAAACAAUGCUGUAGAAAGGAGUGUGAUAGGCAUGUGUGUGUAUGUGCGUGCUGAAUUUUAGCAUUGCUGAAAUUUGAGAGCCCAAAGUCCACCUCUGGCAAUAGUGCUAUAAGUAGGAGCUGCCACAAAAUGUUGCAGUGCAGACAAAUAGAAGAAGACACCUUCACCCCGGUAUGGCUCCCCUUUAUCACAUACACAGCCCAACAAGAUGACGACAAAAAUCCACCAACAGCAUACAAAUCAAUAUGGCUAACCUGAUCCAAAACACCCACCCACCCCACUCACACAUGAAAACAAAGACCACCACAGCCAACCACAAAUGAACAACCACACCCUAGGCCAACCCCAACCUCUCUCACCACCAAAGGAACACAAGUGAACAGCAAAGAACCUGCACAAGCAACGCUGACACCAAACCCUACAUAUAGUAAAAUAGUAACAUCGCCACCUGACCCCACCCCCACCCAUCUCCCCACCCCCACCUCUUUCCCCCUUUUCUUCCUAAUGUCUCAACAAAUGAAACUGAUUUGUAAAAAUGUUACAUGGGGAAAAAAUACGAGAGACAUUGCACACUUUUGUAAAUCAACAAAAUCUUUAAUAAUAAUAAUAAUAAUAAUAAUAAUAAUAAUAAAUGUCGCAGUGCAGAAGGACCGGGAUUCCAGCCACUAUCAAUGGGUACUAGAUCUGAUAGAGAUGUUCUUCCUCCACUACUGGAGGCAGGAAUGCUUCUGAAUGUCAGUUGCUGGAAGAGAGGGCUCUUGUGCUCAGGUUCUGCUUGCAGGCUUUCCAUAGGCGUCUGGCUGGCCACUGUGAGAACAGGAUUCUGGGCUAGAGGGGCCAAUGCUUUUUUAAAAAGGCCUGCUGCACUUUUGCAAGCCUUAGGGUUCCCCAGACAUUCAGAUACUUCCCCUUGUUUGCAUGUGGCAUUGUUUUUGGCCCUGAGCAUUGGAACUAAAAGGGAUGUUUGCUACUACUCUGGCCUUGCACAUGGAAUGAGCAAAGUUGUUUUGUACAGACUCUUGACUGUAACAAGGCUCGUUUCCACACAGCUGCCCAUACUGGAAGAAUCCUUGCUCAACAAGCCUGCGGGAUAGCUUGGUCAGUAGCGCACGAGAUGCUUAAUCUUGAGGUUGUGGGUUCGAGCCUCACGUUAGGCAAAAAAUAAAAUAAAAUAAAAUCCUUCCUUCCAACUCCACAACUCUGUGAACACCCCCUAUUCCCAGUUGAUGCUGAUUACCCGUUUUCUGACCUUCCUCUUCCCCCACUUUUUUUGGGUAACAGGUCCACUGCAUCAGUACUGAAUUUACAUUACGCAAGAACGGUGGUGAGAAAGGUGUUCCCUUCCGAAUCCAGGUGGACACCUUCCGGUCCAAUGAGAAGGAGGAACAUGUGGAGCACUUGCACUCUGCCAGCUGCCUCAUCAAGGUCUUUAAGGUAAUGCUGCCUUGCCCAGCAGGAGCUGGUGAUCAAACCUAACACACCCACACACACCCCAGAAGCAGGAUCCUCCCAGCAAAGAACCCUUGCUACAGAGCUCCUCUUUCAGAAAAAUGAAAGCAGGCGUAAACAAGAGAGUGCCUGCUCUGUGUGACUCGAGCAAAUAAGCCAAGUUGCAUCAUGCUACAUAAGGCAAAACCUGGGCCCAGUGAAUUUGUUGGGAGCACCUAAUAAACUACUGUGCCGUUACUAAAACUAAGGGGGUAUGAAUCUGAUUUGGCUUCUGGAUGGGAUGCCCUUUAAGAGCAAACCCUAUGAACAGCAGGUAAGACCUUGUUAGUGGUGCUGCCCAGUUGGGGGCUGUGACAGGGCUUUUUCAGUGCUGGUUCCCUAUCUUCAUCAUUAACUUUCAAGUUGUUGUUGUUGUUUUUUAAUCCUGUUUACCCAGGAGUUUGGUGGCUAAAGAAUUCUAUCCCAGGCAACCCUGAGAUCAUUGGAUAAAAUAAUGUUUUUGGCUGCUUUUAGAUAUUUGUUUGUUUAAACUGCAACUGAUUUUUGAUGUUUUAAAUUGUCAUUGUUUUUGGAAUAUUUUAAUCUGUUUUAGAAUGUUUGCUUUGUCUUUGUUUUGAACGGCACCUUUGUCUCCCUGGGCUCCUUCCAAAUAUAGGCAGCCCUCCCCCGUUUACAUGUAUUCAAUAUGUAAACAACUAUGUAUAAGCACAUCGCACCGAACCCAGAAGUGACCCAGAAAGACAUCACUGAAACAUUGCUAAAAGGGCAGAACAGGGGCAGGCCAGGGUGUUUGCAGGCUUUUUCAAUGGGUUUCAAUUAUGCGUGAUUUCACCAAUGCGUGAAAUCAGAACGUAAAUGGGGGGGCUACCAGUAACUAUAUACAGGACCAUACUGUAAGUGUACGUGAAAAUUUGAUUUUAUAGAUAUAGCAAAUGUAUACUUUUCAGCCCAAAGGAGCAGACCGGAAGCAAAAAACAGACCGGGAGAAGAUUGAGAAGCAGUCCCUUCAGGAGCGUGAGAAAUACCAGCCCUCGUAUGAAAGCACCAUGCUGACAGAGGUACGAGUUCCCUUUCUACAGCAGGGACUGAGAAUAAAAGAAUUGUUGAGUUGGAAGUGACCCCAAGAGUCAUCUAGUCCAGCCUCCUGCAACACAGGAAUCUUUUGCCCAACAUGGGGAUUAAACCUGCGACCCAAAGAAUAAGAAUCUCGUGCUUUGCCAAAUGACCUAUCCCAGCCUUAUAACUUGUGGGCCUUCAGGUAUCGUUGGUAGGGCUGGGCGAUAUCAGCUUUUCAACAUCGUGGAAUAUCACCAGCCGAACAUCGCGGUCUGGCGAUAUACCACGAUAUUGAAAGAAGAAGAAGAAGAGGAGGAGUUUGGAUUUGAUAUCCCGCUUUAUCAUUACCUGAAGGAGUCUCAAAGCGGCUAACAUUCUCCUUUCCCUUCCUCCCCCACAACAAACACUCUGUGAGGAGAGUGGGGCUGAGAGACUUCAGAGAAGUGUGACUGGCCCAAGGUCACCCAGCAGCUGCAUGUGGAGGAGGAAUCGAACAUGGUUCACCAGAUUACAAGUCCACUGCUCUUAACCACUACACCACAAGCUGCAUUGGCUUCAGCCUCACCCCAGUGCCUAGUGGGCUGGGACAAGGCAGCUUGUUUGUCUGGCUCAGCUGGGGUGCGGCAGAGCCAUCUCCGGUGCUCUCCCCAUUUGUGCAGGAGCCAGCGCCGGGCUGGGGGGUCCUUUAACUGCUCGGAUGGGAGUGGCAACCACAAACUCCUCAGCUGAACAGUUUAAAGAUGCAGAGAGAAGAACAAGCUGUAUUGGCGCCUCGCCAAUGCACUUUUUUCUCCCUCUGCACAGUAUGAGGGCAGAGUGGGAUGGCGGUUUCGCUCAGUGAUAUAUCGCUGGUGAAACCGCCACAGCUCCUGUGUCCUUCUGCUAGCAACACUUGCUGGAGGAAGUCUCUAGCAGAGGGACUCAGGAGCAAUGGUGGGUUCACCGGUCCUGGGCGAUAUAUUGAUAUAUCGCCCAGGCCUAAUUAUUGGACUGCAGUUCGUACCAUCCCUGAUGAGUGGCCAUGAUGGCUGGGGCUGAAGUCCAAUUUGAAGUCCAACAACAGGCUCCCCCCAUCCCUAGUUAGAGCCAGCUUCCCCAACCUGGAGCUCUCAAGAUGCUUUGAACUACAACUCCCAUCAGCCCUAGCUAGCACAACCAUUCUGUCGGGUGCUGAUGGUCCAGGUCCCUUCCCAUUCCUAAUAGCCCCUUAAGUCCUGGCGUCUUCGUUGAUCUAUGCUAUUUCAUUAUUCAAAUUAAAGCUCCACGAACAGCCACAUCUCACACUGCUUUUGCUAGUUAUAGGGGCAGAUAAAAGGUUAAGCAGGGCACUAAAGCCUUGUCCACUGGGGAUCCUCAGCAGCUCAUCCAGCAUCUAGGUUUUCAGUAGGCAUCGCCCACAUAACUUCAAGCCUAUGAUCGCAUCCAUAAGGACUAGGAACUUGCUUUUUGAACAAAAGCUUUCUGCAACCAUGCAGUGCCAUGCUGCACACAGCCCUUUGAGAGGUGUUCUCUGAAGUAGGAGGGCUGUAGCCCCAAAGCACCAGAGGAUGGGUGAGUGUGUCAGAUGUUGCAGCAUCCAAGGCCUAACAUUUCUCUCCUGGUCUCCUUUUCCAGUGUGCCCCAUGGCCAGAAGUUGCCGGCAACCUUCACAGUCCUCCGACCACCCCUGGACUUGUCUCUCCCCAUCCCUUCAAGCUUCAGACCCCUGAAAGGUAAGCUGGGCAAAGCAAGAGCCUGUGGUAGCAUGAGAAAAGAACCUCAUCCUUUCAAAGCCCUGGAUGACUCCCCCCCUGCCCCCCGCAUUUGUCCCGACUUGCUUGCACAAAGCUCAUGCAGAGGUCAGACUAUCUCCUGUCUUUAUUAAGCAUUCCUUCCAGGGCUGUUAAAUGACAUUGAGGAUUCGUCCCAAUUUGUGCCAGCUGUGUUUAUAUGUCUUCCUGUAAACUGUUCAUCUUUCCCACACUGUCCAGCGCAUUUUCCUGUCACUUGCCUAAUCGUGGCGGGUCUCUCUCCCCUCCCCACCCCCAAUUUAGCGGAUUUGUUGUGCUAGGGCGACAGAGCACUUCAAGCUGCUGUAAUCACACAAACCUAAAUAUCUGGUCUGUGUUUGAAUCCUUCCUGCAAAAUGCUGACCAUUUAGAGGUGGACCCUGGCCAUUGAAACUGAAUACAGUGGUACCUCAGGUUAAGAACUUAAUUCGUUUUGGAGGUCUGUUCUUAACCUGAAACUGUUCUUAACCUGAGGUACCACUUUAACUAAUGGGGCCUCCCGCUGCAUGAUUUCUGUUCUCAUCCUGAAGCAACGUUCUUAACCCGAGGUACUAUUUCUGGGUUAGCAGAGUCCGUAACCGGAAGCGUCUGUAACCCGAAGUACCACUGUAACCCACUUUUGUUCCUCUGUUUGGCAGGAUGUGCUCCUCACCUGGCUACACCUUGGAUAGCUCAUCAGAGAGCACGGCAGAGGUAAGUGUGGGGGGGGGGGGGAGACAGGAGACGGGACACACACCGAUAGGCUGGCUUCACCCUCGUGAAAGUUUUCAUCUCUUUCAGUUUAAAUGUUCUAGGCACUGGUGCAAUCUUAAAAUGUUUUUAUAUGAUACACUGAGAAAGCUGCAUCUCAGAAAACCACACAGUUAGGUCCAUUUUUCUGCAGAUCCCAACUGCUUGGGCUCACCCUGAAAACCAGGAGGCGUAUUCUAGUAGUUUGCAUUUAUUUGUUCAUUUAUUAGGAACAUAAGAGCAGCCCUGCUGAAUCAGGCCAGUGGCCCAUCUAGUCUGGCAUCCUGUUCUCAGUGUCCAACCAGAUGCCUGUGGGAAACCCACAAGCAGGAUCCGAGCGCAAGAGCCCUCUCUCCUCCUGUGGAUUCCAGCAACUGGUAUUCGGAAGCAUUACUGCCUCCAAGCAUAGCGUCAGAGUGCAGGGGGCUGGACUAGAUGACCCUCGUGGUCCCCCCAACUCUAAUUCUGUGGCUAGCAGAGAUUGAUAACCUUAUUCACAAUGAAUUCGUCCAAUCCUCUUUUAAAGACGUCCAAAUUGGUGGCCAUCACUGCGUGAAGAACUACUUUCUUUUAUUUGACCCGACAGGCUGUAUUCCUACGCUUAGCAUCAGCAGCAAAAAAAGAGAAAAAGUCUGGGUUGUUUCACACCAUGGUUUUCAAGCAAUGUUCCAUUUAGCUUGGGAAAUUAACCAGUUUCUCCUCCUUUGCUGAAGAACUGCAAGGUUCCCUCACAAGAACCACCACCAACCACUGAAAUAGGCAGCUGCAGAAGCAGGCUGGCAGUCUGAGAGCUCUAGGUUAAAAGGAGCAGUUCUAAGACCCCCCAAACCUCCUCUGGCCUGAUAGGAACUGAGGGCGGAUCCACACCAUUCUUGCAAAGCACCUCCAAGGCACAUUUAAAGGCACACGAGUUUUCUGGGAAUGGUAGUUUACCCCUCACAGGGCAACGGUCCCCAACAUCCUUAAAUCACAGUCCCAUAAUUCUUUGGGGCUUUAAAUGUGUGCUAGAUGUGUGCAGUGGCUUUGCCCAGAGCCGUAGCUAGGUGAUCCUGUGCCCCUGGCAAAACCAUCCAGAUUGCGCCCCCUAGCCAUGGAAGAAUUAGCUCUUUCUGCCUCUCCUCCAACCACCCCCUCCACCCAUUCAGUUCAGGGACGCGGGUGGCGCUAUGGUCUAAACCACAGAGCCUAGGGCUUGCCAAUCAGAAGGUCGAGCUCCCAUUGCUCAGUCCCUGCUCCUGCCAACCUAGCAGUUCGAAAGCAUGUCAAAGUGUAAGUAGAUAAAUGGACGGAUUAGCUCUUUCUGCCUCUCCUCCAACCACCCCCUCCACCCAUUCAGUUCACCCUCUAUUAAAAACCUUUUAUGAGGCAAUAACAAUAUUUUUAUUUAUAGACAUAUUUUUUUGCUGAUUUUGCACCCCUGGUGGGGGUCCACUUCACCACCCCCUAGAUACGGCCCUGGCUCUGCCGCGAGUGUGCAAAAUGCCCGGCAAUCCUUGGCUGAUGAGUUGAUUCAGAAAGGGUUCCCUGAAGGCUCUAGCACAGGGGUCAGCAACCAGUGGCAAGGGACUAUUUGAUGGCAAAGAGAUCUGAACCUCGCCCCUGCCCCAUAAUCCCAGUAGGAGUUUUGCUAGCUUGUGCCUUCUCUUGCUUUGCUUUCCCAAACAUGGUAUGAGAGUGACGCCUGGUGGCAGCAAAUGGUUUUACUUUUACCAGCCGGCAUCCGAAAAGGGCAUAUGCAUGUUGCGUCACUGUGCUUAGGAAAGGACACAUCACACACAACAGCACCGGAUAAUUGCCACUGGCUUGUCCAGGUCAACAUUUUUGUUGGUCUUGCUCUUCCAAGCAACACCAACGGGAGCUGAGGAGAGAGCCCGAAGGUUGUCAUCCCCCCCUGCACUGAGUUCGAAACAUGCCACCUGCAGCCCACACCUCGUCCAGGUCUCUGAACUGAUUGCACACAAAGGCUCUCGGGAACAGAUUUUGAAGAUUUUCUUUUUUCAAAUUCCCGCCAAUGAUUUGUCCCGCAGCAGCACAGUGCCAUUAACUGCCAUCUCUUUUAUUUCAUUUCAUUUUUAUUUUUAAAUUGAAAUCCUAAAUAUUCAUGCAAGUCAUCCAGAGACUGGGGGAUGGAGAAGGAUAUAAAUUAUAGAAAUAAUAUGGGUUGGUGGCAUUACAGCAACAUCACCUUCUAGGUAGGGCUUCAAGGUUCCUGGGCUCAGUCCUAAAACAUCGACAUGAUACUCCGAAUCCAAUCACAGAUGGUUGCCUGGAAGGGGUGAAGCAGCACUGUUGACUAUUUAGCAGGCUCCUACCAAAUCUUUUGGCACCAGCCAGCGAAGUGUGGAAGCCAAGAAACUCAAAUUGUUCUUAUACUUGGGCAUUUAUAUACUGCCUUUGAUGUAUCUGAUCCCCAGUGCCCUCUGGGUUGUAGCUGAUGUUGGUUUCUCCAUGUUUUUUCCACUCUUCCUUUCAGGCCCUGAGCCCUAGCGCUUCCAUCUUGGAAACCCAACAAUGGUUACACAAAAACAGGUUCCCCAAUUACUCCCGGAUUUUUGCCAGCUAUACAGGUGAGGCUUUUCCUCUUCCAACACAUAGCUCGUCUCCCCCUUGAAAUGUUGAUUCACCCCCCCGCCCCCGGACAAGUGCCCUUUUUUGGUCUCCCACCAGAACAACCCCCACCCUACAAACAUUUUUUAAAGGCAUGGAGUAAUCUCUCUGUCACACAUUUUUAAAGUUCAGAGAGAAAGCCACCGCUAUGCACCGCAGAGCAAGCCGAGAUUUAGAUUGCAAUCUCCGCAAGGCAGACGCCCGUCUCUGAUUAUGUGACAAUGUAAAGCGCCAGGUACAUUGAUGGUGUCAUAUAGUCACAAAUUAAUUGGCUGUGCCAGUCCCUGACACCCUGGAAAUAUUUUAAGGGGCGGAGGAAAUUAACUCCAAGGCACAUUGUGGAGUGAGUCUUCCUGAAGCUGUGAUGGGCUGGACAAAAGCAUCAGAAUUGACACUGGACCAACUCUGUCUUGAGCCCAAAAAAGCUCAUUUGGUAGAGCAUGAGACUCUCAGUCUGAGGGUUGUGGGUUCGAGCCCUGCAAUGGGUGAAAGAUUCCUGAAUUUCAGGGGGUUGGACUACAUAAAUCUUUGUUGUCCCUUCCAACUCUAUGAUUCCAAGUUAUUUUGCUCCCACUGCUGUCCCAGGAAGAUGCACCGUGGAUUUUGCAAAUUCUGAGCAGGGACCAUUUUGCCAACAGAUUCCUCUCUUUAACUUCCUCCCGCAGGAGCUGACUUGCUCAGGCUCUCACGCACGGACCUUGUGCAGAUCUGUGGAACAGCAGAUGGAAUUAGACUCUCAAAUGCGCUAAAGGCCAGGUAUGGAAUUAUGUUAAUUCCCCCCUCUGUUAAAAUUGGGGAGGGGGGGCAAAGCUAUAGGGAAGAUUAUUAUUAUUACAUCUUGUAAAGAAGUCCUCAAAGUUGCUUAGUGUUGAUAAAACAUACACAAAGGGUCAGGCUGCAAUCUUCUACACACUUACUUGGGAGAAAUCCCACUGAACUUAGCCAGAUGGGUGGGGUAGAAAUAAUAAAUUAUUAUUAUUAUAUCAGGAUUAUGUCUGAGUUAGCUGGUUAGCUCAUGGUGCUGCUAAUGCCAAGGUUGCAGGUUCAAUCCCCGUAUGGGACAGCUGCAUAUUCUUGCACUGCAGGGGGGUGGAAAGAACCCUGAGGGACCAUCUGUGAUUCUUGGUCUAGCCAAUUAUUCAACACAGCUUCAUGUUUGUUGAAUCAGAGAAGGCAGCUGUGGCUUCUUCUAUCCCACAACCUUCUCUGGCCUGCUGAAGCAAGCAGGACUCAAAGAGCAAGUGGGGAAAUGGGAAUGGGAGCAAAAGGAGCAGGUGGAAGGCACCACAGCUGACUCACUACCUAGCUGCAUUUCAAAGGUUAAAGGAAAAUCUCUGGGCUGUAAUCUGGUAGGCCCUUUUUAUCAUUAAAUUUGCAUCUCCAAGGAGCUCCAGGUGCAUGAGGCAUCAUCCCAUUUGUUAAGGUGCCUCCGGCAUCCAAAAUUAUCUAUGGGGCCAGGCACCAGCUAGAGAACCCUUAGGGCAGAUGUCAUCUAAGAUGUGACCAGCAGCUGCCAUCUAGACCAGUAUAGAGGGUGAUGUCACUGGGUUACACUAGAUGGUGAUCCCAAGGGCAGGAUGCUGCUGGUGGCGUGGGAACCUGAAGCAGGGCCUUCUCGGUGGUGGUGCCCCACUUGUGGAACACCCCUUAGAGAGGCAUGGGUGGCUACAACACUAAUGGGUUUCCCUUACAGGGCAAAGCCCUGAGGAUGGUGUUUAGUGCAGUGGGAAAGCUACUCUGCAUUAACCCUGACGGCUGGGUUUGAUGGGAGGACCUCACUUCUAGAGGGUCAUAAAUUCUCAGUCUUCGCACUACGCCAUCUUACUAGGUAUUGGUGGGCUACAAAACUUUGCCUCCCCUCAGGUGUGUGCGCCCUCGGCUCAUCCUUUAUGUGUCCAGGGAGGUGGAAACAAGCGGGAAUGUCUCUCCAAAUGAAGCGUCUGGUAAGUCAGUGUUACUUUCCCAAGUUUAGCAUUAGAGACCUUUUAUCUGGCUCCAUAUAUUUGCACCUGCCAAUGGGCAGGAAGAACCUCUCGGUGCUUUUAAAUGACAUUUUAAAACAUCCCACAAGGGACUUGCACACCCUCCCUGGCAGCAAUACUAAUGUUUUGAUGUUUGUGUUUGGCCUGGACAUUUGUUUUUGGAGGCACAAAUUUCAAUCCCCUUUGUUUUAAAGUGUGGGGUUUUCCUUUCUCUUUCCCCAAAGCCCUGUACCAGGAAUUGUAUCUGGAAGAGCUGACCGCCAGCGAGCUGACCAAUAAACUGGCAGAACUGCUCAGCCUCCCAGCCAACCAGAUUCAGCAGGUUUCCAGGCAGGGGCCGACUGGAAUUCACAUCCUUGUCAACGAUCAGGUAUGAGCCUUAUUUUCAAGCCUAAUACCAUGGCCUCCUUCGGAAAGGGGCCAGAAGCUGUAGAGCUGCCUUGGCCCAAUGUUUUGCCACAGGAACCCCAAAGUGUAUUCAGAAGCAUGAACCAGGGAGCUACAACUGACCUUGCAGCAACCUGGAGCAUGUUUAGAACUGGAACUUGCCCCCACAUGAAACCAUUUUACUGUAUCCAAGACUGUUGCUACAACACAGGAGUGUUUUUGUUUUGUUUAAAGAGUGUGCUUCCAUUAACAUUACUAAAACCCUGUGUAGAUCAGUAUUAUCCCCUUAUUAGUUUGCAGGCAGGACAGAGGCUGGUGAGUUGAUGAUGGAGAUAUUUCAAUCAUGGAAUGUCUGGUGCAGAAGACCUGAGUAGGUCACAUUCUUAUGAUCAGCUGGAUAACUUACCGUAUUUUUCGCUCUAUAGGACGCACUUUUUCCCCUCGAAAAAUUAAGGGGAAAUGUGUGUGCGUCCUAUGGAGCGAAUGCAGGCUCCUUGGCUUCAGCGAUAGCAACGCGAAGCCUCCGAAGUGCAGAGGGAGCGCUCCUUCCGUGCUCCUUGGCUUCAUGUUGCUUUCGCUGAAGCCUGGAGAGCGAGAGGGGUCGGUGUGCACCGACCCCUCUCGCUCUCCAGGCUUCAGGGAUAGCCGCGUGAAGCCUCUGGAGCGCUGCGGGAGGUCCCACUGCGCUCUGGAGGCUUUGGGUUCCUUUUGCUGAAGCUGGGAGAGCAAGACUCUCCUGGCUUCAGCAGAGAGGGAGAGCUGCGCAGCGCCCCUUCAGCCAAGAGGGAGGAGACAUGGAAGGGGCUCCGUUUCUCCUGCCACUUCGCUGAAGGGGCACUGAGCAGAGGGGGGAGAAUUUUUUUCCCUUGUUCUCCCCCUCUAAAACAAGGUGCGUCCUAUAGAGCGAAAAAUACGGUAGUUGGUUAGAGCCAGGUGCAGAUAAUGCCAAGGUUAUGAGUUCAAUCCCCCGUAGGGGAUAGACAAGAUGAUCCUCAGAGUCAUCUCCAACUCUACAAGUUUGGAAGCAGUGCUAAACUUUACAAGCCCCAUCUAAGAAACUCUUAAGCAUUCAAACUAAACUCUCGAGUCAGAUUAAAUUUGCAUAAAUGUAUUUUCAAAAACUAACACUGUCUGUGCACGUACACUUACAUGCACAUGUUAUAUUCAGAGUGCCAUCGGGUCUUACGCUUGCCUGCUAUCUCUUUUGACGCAUCAUGGCCAUCUGCCACUCACGACGGCCUGAGGUCUCUGGGGUGCCUUUCUUACACAAACCCAGAAUCUCCAAGUUGACUUUAAACCUGCUACUAGGGGUCUGGCCAGCUUCUAACCUUGCCUUGUUGUUCUCUCCUGGGUUGCCACAGAUGGUCAGAAAUCUUCCAGACGAAUCAUCCUUUGUAGCAGCUGUAACAAAAGGUAGGUGAGCUUCCCUGUAAAAAUGAGCAGAAUCUUGUGGCACCACCUUACAAGCCAACUCAUUUGUUGUGAAAUUGACUUAAAUGGGCUAGAGUUCAGUCAGAUGUACUCUCAGUUGGCAAUCCCCCCCCCGCACAUUGGAGGGGGGACCCCCCAAACCAUGGAGACACAGGAAUAAGGAGAAAAUGGUGAAAAUCUAACACAUAGACAAUUGUUCACAAAUGCUUGUGCCAUGAUAAUUUGUUAAGUCUUUAAAGGAAGCUACAAAUCUCUUUACCAUUUUUGUUUUUAGCAGUUUCUCUCCUGCCUUUCUUCCAUCAUGAAGGCAGAUUUUCAGUCAGUCUUCCAUGCAGGCACUGACCUGACUCACUCGUUCCAGUCCAACAAGGUUCUGUAUCACACGCACUCAGUUUGCAAAUCAUCUUGUCUCUGUGCAUAGACAGAUGUGUUUUCCAGCUAAGGAUAAUUCUUUCUAACAAAGUGGGUUUUAGUGGACAAAUCCUUUUGCCACAAUAAAUGCUAGUCUCUCAAAGGCUCUUCCCUAUUCUUUCGGUGUAGUGGACUAACAUGGCUUCCUCACCCUGAAAAAUCAAAAUGAGACGUUUUGGAAAUACGGGGGCAGAAGAACCCUAAAGCGAGCAGCCCAUUUGAAGGUGGUCCCCUGUAAGCCCAGGAAAAAAUGCCAUAUAUUCAGUUUGGUUUACAAUAUAUGGCCUUAUAGUCUAGUGAUUAUACGGACAGGGAUCUGAGUUCAAAUCAUAGCUUUUAAACAAGGAGUAAUUUGACAGCCUUGAAGAAGCUACUCCCCACCUCAAUUUGCCAUUCCACAUGAUAGAAACUUAAAAGGUGGUGGCAAAUAGUUGGUACUAGCUGAAUUACUUGGGCAAGGGCACAGAACACUCCUUUGCUGGAUCUUGUGCAAGGGCUCACAAAAUGCCAGAGUUGGCCCAAACCACCCACUCUGAAAUGAUCCCUACAAGCCCAGUCUAGCCUAGUCAAGAAGUGCAGGUAGCUUUCCUGGAGUGGCAGCUAGAACCCCCAUGCUAAUAAUUCUUACCCCCUGGAUCUGUAUGUAUGAAAAUAUAUGAAAGCCACCCAUUCACUGGAUGAGUAAGAAACACUUGGAAAAUGAUUAAUUUGUGUUGUGUGUCACUACAGCACAGAACACAGAAGGUUAUCACUUAGUUCUAAAAUAG